AUGGUGUCGGUGUGGUAUGGACCAGUUUUGUUCUUGGCUGUUGCCGUCCGCAUCGGCGACGGCCAUUUUGCAGAAUGUUUCAGGGCAGCGAACCAGCAAGAGCGGCGGCUCCUGGGUCCGGUGACGUUUUCUGAAGAAGCAUUGGCACCGGCGCACCGAGAAGAGGGACGUCUCCAGCAACACUUAUCCUUUGCUGAAGGCCUUGGAGACGAGCACGUCAAAGAGGAAGAGGGCAGUCGUCCGCGCCUCACAAAUAGACUGAUUCAGUCUUUCAGGCGCGCGCAGCCACCCGGGACGCGUAGCGCAUCAAGCUCAUCUGGACGGUCUUCUCUGCGCCAAGGCCGACGCGGGGCGGCGUCCUGGACCCGCCGUUUCAGUGAAUCAACAGGAGAGGAGGGCGAUCUCCUGUCACCCGCAGUCGACCCGAACAACCCUGUCAUUGUGGCGGCGGCCCUUGCCCUGAAGCAGAAAAUUGUUAUGGGCGCGGCGAAUAUGACCAGCUGGGUAGAAGCGGUUGUGAAACUUCGAGAUAGGACAGAGAGGAAAUCCGCUGCCGCCGCUGCGGAGUCGGACUUGCACCCGGCCGAGCGAAAUGAGAUUUCAAGGGAGGCGGCGUACACGGCCAAUUUCAUCGCGUGGGCGCGACAGGCAGUAUUAAAUAUGAUUAGCGACCUGAACGUGGACAUUUGGAAAGCGAGCGACAUGGUGGAGCGCCGGCGUGUUGACCCAGAUCUUUGUGGCAAUUUAGCGGAGAGCAUCGAGUUUGCUAGACGCGCAAUUCGGACCGUCCAAGUGCAGCUAAACUUACCGAACGCGUGA